ACUCGUCCCCCCAGCACAUCGGCGAGAUGCCGAAGGUUCCGCCGUUGAUGCUCAGAGGUUUUUCAAUGUAAAAAAUCUACUGCUCGUGCUCGAGCUCGAGCUCGAGCUUGCAUCGUGCGCGCGCCCGUCCGCGUGCGUGUGUUGUUGCUCUGGGGCGCGCCCGCCCUCCCCCGGAGCUCCUGCCCCGCGCAUUCGUGUCCCGGAGGUGAGGCGCUGCCCCGGCCGCAGCGCUAUCAUGGAGAAAGUGGAGAAAUUCUUGUUCUCGGCCGUGGUGAGCAGCAACUUCCUCAUCGCCUCGGUCUUCUUUGCCAUGAUCAGUCGGGCCCAGAGGACUCCCUACAUGGACGAGAUUUUUCACGUGCCGCAGGCGCAGAAAUACUGCGAGGGGAGAUUCUUGGAGUGGGAUCCAAUGAUCACGACUCUACCCGGUCUCUACUUGGUGUCCACUGGAAUAAUCAAGCCAGUGUCAUGGCUGCUGAGCUGGACAGGAACUGUUGUGUGCUCCACAGGAAUGCUACGAUUCAUUAAUCUGCUAUUCAAUACUGGGAACCUCUACUUACUUUAUUUGCUUUUGUGCAGGAUACAUCAAAAGGACAAGGCUACCUCUGCAUUCCAAAGAAUAGCAUCUGCAUUAGCACUUGCCUCAUUCCCUUUGCUUUACUUUUUCUCAUUCUUGUAUUACACAGAUGCAGGCUCAACAUUCUUUAUCCUGUUUACUUACUUAAUGAGCCUGUAUGGGAAUCACAAAGUUGCUGCCUGCCUUGGUUUCUGUGCUUUUAUGUUCCGUCAGACUAAUAUCGUAUGGAUUAUAUUCUGUGCGGGAAAUGUUAUUGCACAGAAGUUGACAGAAGCAUGGAAAACUGAUUUGGUCAAGAGAAAGGAUGCAAAGACAGCAUGUAUUGUGGAUCUAACUGAUGAAAUCAAGAAGGUUGUGCAGUUUCUUUUAGGGUAUGUCCUGUCACUGAAGAAUCUGAAAGCAUUGACCGUUUUGACCUGGCCAUACAUUACCCUGGUUAUUGGUUUUCUUCUAUUUUUAUUUCUGAAUGGAGGCAUAGUUGUUGGUGACAGAACCAGUCAUGAAAUCUCUCUGAAUUUCCCUCAGUUAUAUUACUUCUUUUCCUUCACGCUUGUUUUCUCUCUUUUUCAUCUGGUUUCUUUUGUAAAGAUCAUUUCUUUCUUGGAUUCAGUAAAGAAGCACACGUUAUUUUACAUUGGUUUUGGAAUUGUCUCCCUGUUGAUGAUUUGGAAAUUUACCUAUGUCCAUAAGUUCCUGAUUGCGGACAAUAGACACUACACAUUUUACAUUUGGAAGAACAUAUUUCAGAGACAUGAAGUGAUCAAAUAUCUGUUGGUCCCAGGAUACAUCUUUGCUGCCUGGACAUUUGUUGAAGCAUUGAAGUCGAAAUCAAUAUUCUGGAUCUUGGCAUAUCUUUUCUGUUUAGUCAUUGCCACAGUUCCACAAAAGUUACUGGAGUUUCGUUAUUUCGUAGUACCAUAUUUGAUCUACAGACUCAACAUUCCAAUGCCCUCAAGCUUCAAAGUUGUUGCAGAGCUGGCUCUGUAUUGUUUAGUAAAUGUGUUAACUCUUUAUUUGUUUCUUUAUAAAACCUUUCAGUGGCCAGAUAAGAAAGAAAUUCAAAGAUUCAUGUGGUAAAAUUGUAUUUCUUCUUUGUAGAGAGGGAGCAGGCCUUGAACAUAUUUUAAACCUCUGUAAUCUUAAUAAAUUGGGAAUCGCAUGCUAUAUAUAAUGUUUUGUGUAUCUUUUUGUGGUUCACUUUGGGACUUGUAUGUUUGCUGUGAUCUAAUUGUUACUGCUUUUUGCCAAACUAUUCAUUUUGGUAGUUUCAUUUACUUGAUGUGGUGAAUUUGUUUUAGUCAUAUGUACACUAAUAAUUUUAAUUGUAUUUGCAAAGAAACCAAGUUAUUGACUUUUCUGAAUUAUGGAGAUAUAUAAUGCUACAACAUUUCACACUCCUUUUGAAGUACAAAAAUAAUAUUCAAAAUCUUUUAUUAAUGUAAAAUUAUUUCUGAAAUUCAGACUGUGGUGCUCUCUUUUAAUAGAUAUUUUUUAUUCCAGCAGCAGAGCUCCAAGGAGAUCUGACAGCAUAUGGUUGUCUUUUUAAGAAUCAUAUUAAACCAAAAAUAUUUGAAGAUUUAUUGAAAAUCUGACCAGUGUGAGAGAUUAUUAUGUAAUAUUAUUUUUAUUUCCACAAGUGUAUUGUUUUUGCUGUGAUACAAGUCCUCAGCAUUGAACUACAAGGACUAUAAUUUCAACCUAUUUUUAAUAAUUAGCACCCAGUAGAUCCUCUGUGGCAUCACUCACUGAAUUAUAGGUUACCAUGUGUGGGAUGCUGAGGAUAACAUUACCACAUUGAGAAUUUGGAAUGUACCAAGAAUAAGAAAGUUGAUUUUCAUUUUGGUUUUUAGAGGAAGUAUGUUUAAUUGAUCUGCUGCAGAAGUACAAACUGAUGAAAGUACUUGUGCUUUUAUGGUACCAAUCCUGCUAUUUCUUUUCUCCACAGUAAUAUAAUUACCAUUUUUUUUCUGCAGGCAGCAAGCUCCCUUGUCCAAACAAACUGCUUCAGUCAGUGCAAUACUGUCUCUUACACUGUCCCAAGCUAGUUAUAGCUUGAGAAUUGACUAUGACAUGGAAUGGUUCCAUCGUUGAUCAAGUAGUCCAUCAAAGGGCAGGUAUUUUAACCUCACUUCUGAAAUUCAGCAUCUCCAUUAAUGCAAGCAUACCCUUAAAAUGGCAUUGAAGAUUGUUCAUGUCAGAUUUGAACCCAUAGACUUACAGUUACAGGAGGAAUGCUAUACCAAACAAGGAGUAUUACCACAGUUAUAUAAAUAACAAUGCAUUUGAUGCAGGAACGGGGAAACGGCAGCGCAGAUUCAGUCACUGUGAAUGUUAAUUCCUUGUCCUGUUGUGUAUGUAGCAAAUGAGAAGUCAAUUUUCACUGUUGUCUUCCAAACCCCACAUUUGAUUUUCUGACUUCUUUGCAAGUACUGUUUGUUUCCUGAGCAGGAAGAGUAAUUUUAAAAUGGGUCAUGUCAUACUUGGUGGAGGAUAACCUCCUUCAUUUCUGUAAGUAAUAGGCAUAUACAAGAAGACAUAUACAUGAUGCACUAUUUUGUGAAAUCCUGAAAUAACAAUUAAAUCAAUUUUUGAUAAAGACCUCAAUGCAUUUUACUAGUA